AUGGAUCAAACUGAUACAAAUUCACAAACUGGUGGAGCUGCUGAUAAUCCUUCCAGACAGGGUUCACGUAUUAAUUCAGUUCGUUCCGGUCGUAGUAAAGCAGCAUCACUACGUGAAGGAACUUCACUUGGUAGUCGAAAAUCAUCUGGACAUGCUGCUCCAUCACCCAAACCCCAUAAUGUUACUAAUGGUGAUGGACGAACUUCAGUUGUAGAGCACUCAAAACCUCCAACUCCUACAGUACCGGUAGUUGAUGAAAAUACCGAUGAAACAGCCAAUCAAGAAGGUGAAGGUGUUUAUGUAAAAUCAGAAACUGAAUUUAUUUUGGAAUAUAUUCAUAAACUUGUUACACUUCCUGGUCUAGAAGACGAAAUGUGGACAGAAGAUGUUCAUGCACAAGUUCGUGAUUAUCUUUAUGAUCCAGAUAAUCGUAUAAUGUGUUUUUAUAUUGAUCGUGUACUUGGACUUUGUGUUGAAUUUGGUGUACCAACAAAUGCAUUUACACAUUUAGUAUAUUUUAUUAAAAAUACAGCAGUACGUGUUGCAAAUAAAGAACAAUUUAUUCAUGAUGUUCAAUAUGGUAAUUUUGGUGGUAAACAUUUUUCUUCACUUCUUCGUUUAAUGUCUGGUCUGUAUGCUCCAUUAUUUUUUGGUAAUAAAAUGUGGCCAGAUUCAAUAAAAAAUGAUUUUGCAUCUCAAUUACAUCGUUUUCUUGCUACUUUAACUGAUAUUCGUUGGCGUAUGGAAGGUGUAACAAAAUUAUAUAUACCAAAAGAAGGCUUAGAUAUACCGGCUGAACAAGCAGCAAAAGAUAAAGAAUUAGUUCAACGUUUAGAAUCUUCAAUGGUUCAUUGGUGUCGACAAUUAAAAGAGGUAUCAAGUUCUCAAGAUGCAUCUAUUGUUGAUGAAAAUAGUGGGCCAUUAGAAGAAAUUGAAUUUUGGAAAGCACGUACACAAGAUUUAUUAAAUAUUAGUCGACAACUUGAUCAAGACUCAGUAAACCAUAUAACACAUAUUUUACAAAUUGCUAAAUCAUCAUA